CAGCUGUCCCAUUGAUAAAUAACUGCACACGUGACUGUGCAGCAACUUGACGUUCACCAUGGCCCUCAAUGUUCCGGGUUUGAUAGCGACGAUGGUGUUCUAUGCCGCCGUCCUGGCAACAGGGAUAUGGUCGUCCAGGAGGGCUAAAGCCAAGGCCACCGUGGGAACAUUUACCGAGGUAGCACUACUGGGUGGACGCUCCAUCGACUUAGCCGUGGGAAUCUUCACUAUGACCGCUUCGUGGGUUGGAGGAGGCUUCAUCCUGGGCCUUGCUGAAGGCGUCUACAGCCCAGAUAAAGGUCUCGUCUGGGUGAUGUACCCAGUUCACUACGCAGUGGCAUUUAUAUCAGGUGGUCUAAUCUUCGCUAAGCCCAUGAGGGAGAAGGAAUAUAUGACGAUGAUGGAUCCCUUUGAGAGGAAAUAUGGCAAACACGUGGCCGCUUUGAUGGUCAUCCCUGGCAUCGUCGCAGAGAUCCUAUCGAUGGCAGGAACGCUGACAGCACUGGGUGGCACGAUCAGCACCAUACUGGAUGUGCCGUAUGUCUACUCUGUGGUCAUCUCUGCUGCGGUCGCCAUUACCUACACCCUCCUCGGGGGCCUCUACUCCGUGGCCUACACUGAUGUCAUUCAGCUGGUCAUGAUGUUCGUUGCACUGUGGCUAUGUGUGCCGUUCAUCCUCCUGAACCCCAUCCCUGAGGACAUCAGCCACACCGCCUUCAACCAGACCCUGCGGCCAUCUUGGCUAGGGCACAUAGAGACACAGGACAUCAGCAGAUGGGUGGAUGACUUUCUUGCGCAGAGUAUGGGCCUGCUUGGUUUCCAGUGUUUCCACCAGAGAUUGCUGUCUGCCUCGUCGCCUGCCAAGGCUCAGAUCACCUGCUUUGCUGCCUCGGUCAUCGUCCUCUUCCUGGGGGUCCCCCCCGUCCUCAUCGGGGCGGUGGCAGCAUCCACAGACUGGAAUCUGACCUCCUAUGGUUCCCCUUCUCCAUACGAGCGUGGAGAGAGCUUUGGCAUCCUGCCCAUCUGCCUGCAGCACCUCACCCCUCCAUUCCUCUCCAUCGUUGGGAUCGCUGCUGUGGCCGCCGCCGUCAUGUCCUCCGUAGACUCCAGCCUCAUCGCUAGCGCCUCCAUGUUCUCAUCCAACAUCUACAGACACAUCAGAAAACAGGCCUCGGAUCGAGAGAUGCGGUGGGUGAUCCGCGUCGCUAUCAUCAUGACCGGCGUUCUGGGCAUGACUAUCACACUGUUUACCCAGAGCCUCGUGCACAUAUGGCUGCUCACGGCGGACGUGGCCUACUGCAUCCUGCUCCCUCAGCUGCUCUGCGCCGUCUUCUGCCCCAUCGCCAACGGUUACGGGGCGGCCGUGGGCUUCGUCCUGGGCGUCCUGCUGAGGUUCCUGAGGGGAGAGCCCGAACUGGUGCUGCCGGCAGUCCUAUAUCUCGGAGGAGCCUCGGUGCCCGUACGGACGUUAUCCGCCCUCCUCACGCUGGCCUGCGUCCUGCUGGUCUCGUACGCCUCUGAGCAGCUGUUCCGCCAUCGCAUACUUCCUGAGAGGUGGAACGUGCUCGGGGUCACUGGUCUCACCUCGUCGUCACCCCCGGCAACCCUGGAAGGAGGAAGUGGCGGUGGUGACGCAGGGGGCGGAGAGAUGGCAAAGAUGAUGAUGAUGUCAGUGUCUGAUAAAGGCUGUUUGGAUUCAGAACCUGAAGAGAAGUCAACUGCUUUUUAA